ACACUCGGCAGUCGGCACAGCAGGAGGCAAACUAGUUUCUUCUUGGGUGGAUUUGGUGGGGGAAUAGGGAUUAGGGAUGUCAUACUUAUUAGAGUAAAAAGAACAAGGAAGAGAAUGGAUAUGUAUCAUCCAAGGCUCCAAGCUCAUCUUCAUCAUCAGGAAGAGAUGCUUCAAAAUCUCAAUCACAAAGGAGCUCUAGCAGAGCCUUGCCUCGUCUUGACUUCUGAUCCCAAGCCUCGCCUCCGUUGGACUGCGGACCUCCACGAUCGAUUCGUCGAUGCCGUCACUCAACUUGGCGGCCCCAAUAAAGCUACACCAAAGGCCAUCAUGCGGACAAUGAAUGUGAAAGGACUAACUCUUUUCCAUUUAAAGAGUCACCUCCAGAAAUACAGGCUAGGUAAGCAAUCAGGGAAGGAUAUGGGUGAGGGACCAAAAGAUGGGAUAUCUGCUUCAUACCUUUUAGAAAGCCCUGGAACAAAUAAUUCUACCCCAAGUUUGCCAAGUUCUGACAUGAAUGAGGGUUAUGAGGUGAAGGAGGCAUUAAGGGCACAGAUGGAAGUGCAGAGUAAAUUACAUUUGCAAGUAGAGGCCGAAAAGCACUUGCAGAUUCGCCAGGAUGCAGAACGAAGAUAUAUGGCCAUGCUUGAGAGGGCUUGUAAGAUGCUUGCUGAUCAUUUUAUUGGAGGUGGUGCAGAUACUGAAACAGAUAACCUAGGAUUUAGUAGUAAGGUGCCGAGAAAUUAUUGUGUUGACCCACUUGGAUUUUACUCCUCUCAGUCUGCUGAGGUGGUCAAUGCAUGCGGCCAAGAUGAAGAAAUGCCAUCCGGUCUGCAUUCCCAGAGGGCUGAUUGUUCUACUGAAAGCUGCCUAACUUCACAUGAGAGUCCAGGAGGAUUGACAAUGGAAGGAUCUGCUGUUGAAGGGAAGAAAAAGAUGCUGAACUUGGACUCAACAACAGGAUCUCUGAUCUGGGGUGAUGCCAAGUUUAAUCCCCAUGGGCUAACUGGAUAUGGCAUGUAGAGAUGGAAAUGAGUGAUACUCAUCUGUAUGCUCUAGCUAUUACAGUCUCAAGUGUAAAAAUGCUGAUCUAUUCAUGUGCAUGGAGUUGGCAGGAAAUCCAAGCUUUGAGAUGAAUGGAACAAGUAGUCUCAAAAUUGUAAAUCCAAGUUGCUUAUGCUCUAAAUAUCAAUACAUUUAGUGUCUCAAACAUAUGAACUUGUGCUGCUGUGAUUGGAAAUCCAUGUGAUCUCUGAAGUCCAAACUUA